AUGUACUGCACACCACACGCAGUACAGUACUCCUACAUGGCUAAAAACGUUAUGCAGCUCGCAAUACUAUCCACGCAACGAGUAGUAUUGCUGCUGUGGCUUCUCCAUGCCCCUGCUGCGGCAGACGCAGCACUGACUACGGUGGCGGGGUGCCCGAGCAAGUGCGGCGACGUGGACAUCCCCUUGCCGUUCGGCAUCGGCGACCACUGCGCCUGGGAGAGCUUCGACGUCGUCUGCAACGAAAGCUUUAGCCCUCCCAGACCGCACACGGGGAACAUAGAGAUCAAGGAAAUCUCGGUGGAGGCGGGGGAGAUGCGCGUGUACACUCCCGUGGCCGACCAGUGCUACAACUCAUCAUCCACCAGCGCCCCCGGCUUCGGCGCCUCCUUGGAGCUCACAGCUCCGUUCUUGCUCGCCCAGAGCAACGAGUUCACGGCCAUCGGCUGCAACACGGUGGCGUUCCUAGAUGGCAGGAACAACGGGAGCUACUCGACCGGCUGCAUCACGACGUGUGGGAGCGUGGAGGCUGCUGCCCAAAACGGCGAGCCAUGCACGGGGCUGGGUUGCUGCCAGGUUCCCUCCAUCCCGCCCAACCUUACCACCUUACAUAUUUCGUGGAACGACCAGGGCUUCCUCAACUUUACGCCCAUCGGCACCCCUUGUAGCUACGCCUUCGUGGCCCAGAAAGACUGGUACAAUUUCAGCCGGCAAGAUUUCGGUCCUGUCGGCAGCAAGGACUUCAUCACCAACAGUACUUGGGAUAAAAGUGUCCCCACGGUGCUUAAUUGGGCAAUCAGGAACAAUGGAUCGUGCUCAUCAAUUACAGGGCUAGCUCCUGCCUGUGUCAGCGCCAACAGCAACUGUGUCAACACCAGUAAUGGAGUGGGAUACCUCUGCAAAUGCUCCCCGGGAUACGCCGGGAAUCCCUAUGCCACUGGCGCUGACGGAUGCACAAAUAUCAAUGAAUGUGAUCUUAGAAGAGCAGAGCCUGCCAAAUACGAGAAACUCUAUCCUUGUUACAGUGGUAGCAAGUGCCAUGACACAGAGGGUGAUUACAAAUGCAAAUGCCGGUUUUGGCAUAGAGGGGAUGGUAAACUCGACAAGGGAUGCCGGGCCAUAAUUCCCUGGACUGCAGUUGCGGCAGUAGCAACACUUUUGGCCAGUGCUUUUCUGGCAGCCCUGCUGCUAUACAUUCGCAGGGAGCGUAAGAGGCGGCAACGGAAAGGAUUAUUCGACAAAAAUGGUGGCAACAUACUACGGAAUGUAUUGAACAUCAAAAUCUACAGCGAAGAUGAGCUGAAUAAGAUGACCACAAACUACAGCAAUAUGCUUGGAAACGGUUGCUUCGGCGGGGUAUACAAAGGGAUCACCGACGAGAAGCAAGAGGUUGCUGUGAAGCGCUUCAACCCACGAGACGAGGAACGCAGCAGAGAUGACGUGGUACGAGAGAUAACCAGCCAGUCCUCUAUCCAGCACGACAAUCUUCUCCGCCUCGUUGGGUGUUGCCUAGAGACGGAUGUCCCUAGGUUGGUCUUGGAGUUCAUCCCCAAUGGAAGCCUCCAUACUGUGCUCCACGGUGCUGGCCGGAAUAUGCAUAUCCCUCUAUUGGCUCGCUUAGACAUCGCCGUUGGCAGUGCAGAAGCUCUGGCGUACAUGCACUCCAACAUUGGCCACAACAGCAUCGUUCAUGGUGAUGUCAAGUCCGCUAACAUUCUUAUUGGCGACAACAUGGAGCCCAAGGUAUCUGAUUUUGGGGCAUCCAAGCUCAUGUCUGUCGCGAAGUACAACAAGUGGUCCGUCUUUGGGGAUUUGAACUACAUCGACCCCGUGUACACGAGCACAGGAGAUUUCACGGAUAAGAGCGACGUCUAUAGCUUCGGUGUUGUGCUCCUAGAGCUCAUCACCCGGAGGAAGGCCAAGUACGAUGGGACAAGCCUCCGGGUACAAUUUGAUAAACAUUACAAGGAUGAUGACAUGAGGAGAAAGAUGUAUGAUCAGGAUUUGUUGUCUGACGAUGCCCAACCUCACUGCUUGGAGUGCCUCGACAAGAUGGCAGACAUCGCGGUUCAAUGCCUAAGAAACAACGUCGAUGAGAGGCCAACCAUGGCAGAGGUACUGGAGGAUCUUAAGAAGUUGAGAGAAAGCGCAAAAACUCACAACACAUAUCCAACUCGUGUAGACGGUGAAGGGAAGCCUGAUCGUUAAGCUCUUAGGUGGCUGCUGAUAUGCAUGGUUUCAUGCUUGUUCUUAGUGUUUAUUUUACUUUUUGAGUCUCCAUAGCGAAUGCCAAGUUGGUGUGAUCUACAUGCGAGUACAUACACUACUACACCGUGUGUGAUUAUAUAUUUUUAUGCUUACAGUGUUGUGGUACUUUUGUGUUUCUUGUACUAAUUCAUCCAUUACCGUGUACGUAGCUGUGGUAUCAUUAUGUAACACAAUUAAUUUUAUGUUGGAAAAGAAAGAAAUUUGGUUGUUAGUUCUGCAACUAA